AUGGAAUUUCUCACAGUCGAAUUUCUUGGUAGACAACAAAAGUUUAUCAUCAAUUGUCGCGCCGAAGGUAUGACAUAUAGUCAAACUAAGCUUGCAUGGGAGGAAGAAUACCCAGAUCUCGGAACUUUAACAUCCAAUCUCAUUGCUACUGCACUUAAAAGAGCUGCAUUAGGUCUAUACUGGGAAAAAGGGAAUCAUGGCGGUGCAGAUCCAUACCUAUGCGAGCGUGAUCAGCUCACUUUAAAAGAAAUUAUCGAAGAUUCUGCUUACAAAGGUGAAGCUCUAGAAGCAGCUGACAUUAUUGACGAGGCGUUCAAGUUGAAAGAGCUCAGAAGAGAUUAUGGUUACAGAUUCCUUCUUGAGAUUAAUUGUCCUACUCUUGCAGAAGAAGUUAUCAAUACUCUUGGUGGUGAUGAUGUAUCGAGACCUUAUGUUAACCAUAUUUUACAGCAAUUGCAUUGCAAGCUUAAGGCAUGCCAAGAGAUUGAAGAAUCAAGAUACAUGGCGUGUGAACCAAGAAUUAUCGAAGAAUUCUACGAUAAACAUCGUGAAACAAUCGAAAGUACUCCAGAGGA